CGUGACGCCGAUCCGAGUGAUCUCCUGCAGCCUGCAGUGUGCACCGUCCAGCGUGCAGCCACCAUCUCUUCCCCGUCGUCCCACGCACGACUCUCCUCCGGGUCUUGUCUGCCGAUACCCUUCAAGCUCACAAGUCUUUAAUUCUGUUUGACUGCCACUAUGCCACCAAAGAAGCAGCAGAGCGGAGGCUCUUCCUCCAGCAAGGUCAAGGAUGACAAGACCUUUGGAAUGAAGAAUAAAAACAAGUCGGCAAAGGUGCAAAAGCAAAUCGCCGUGAUCGAGAAGCAGCAGUCGCAGGCGGGCAAGUCACGCGCGGCGCUCGAGAAGGAGAAGGAAAAGGCACUGCGCGAGAGGGAGAAGCUGGAGCAGGAAAAGCGCAAGAAGGAAGAAGCCGCGCUCUUCAAGCCCGUGCAGACGCAGAAGGUCCCUUUCGGCGUCGACCCCAAGACAGUGCUCUGCGCGUUCUACAAGGCGGGCCACUGCGAGAAGGGGAACAAAUGCAAAUUCAGCCAUGAUCUUAAUGUGGGACGGAAAGUGGACAAAAAGAACUUGUAUGAGGAUAAUCGGGAGGAAAAGCUCUUGGAUACGAUGGACCAGUGGGACGAGGAGAAGCUGCGAAGCGUUGUGCUCUCCAAGCAUGGCAACCCGCGGACGACCACAGAUAUUGUCUGCAAGUUCUUUAUUCAAGCCAUCGAGGACGAGAAGUUCGGAUGGUUCUGGGAAUGUCCAAACGGCGAAAAAUGUCAAUAUCGGCACGCAUUGCCACCAGGAUUCAUGCUCAAAUCUCAGCGGAAGGCCGCGGCAGACGCUGAGAAGGCAAACACAAUCAGCCUGGAAGAGUUCCUGGAGGUCGAGCGGCACAAAUUGGGCACAAACCUGACGCCUGUGACGCCCGAGACGUUCGCGAAAUGGAAACGGACACGUAUGAACAAGAAGCAAGCCGAGGAAGAGGCAAUGCAUAAGGCAAAGGAGACGCAGGCGGCGGCUGGCAAGAGCAGUGGCAUGAGUGGACGAGACUUGUUCACAUACAACCCCGAGUGGUUUGAGGACGAGGACGAUGACGAAGAGGAGGAUUGGGACUUGUCCAAAUACCGAAGAACCGAGGGGGACGAGGAACAAGAAGUCGAAGAGGAUAUGGAGAACCUCGACAUCAGAGACGGCGCGGAGUCGCCAGAAGGCAGCGGCGAGUAGAUCUGCGCGUACCUGCAUCAUGCCCCUGUCAUGCCCUACAGUCUCUACUCAUUGCUAUGGACCUGUCGUGUACGCAUAGCGCAUUCCCCGCGGAUAUAUGUGCAUAUAUAACAAAUCCGAUCUGUA